GUAUUAAGUAGUGUUUUAGUUGCUGGAGAAAAAAAAAAAAGAAACUUUUUUUUCCUCUUCAUUCUCUAACGGUUUGGUUCUUCGCAGUAUAGGAUUUCGAUUUAUGACUGAGAUUGUUGUUUUCUUAUUGUAUUUCGGAGAAUCUUAUACAAAGUGACUUGGCAUUCGUUGGGGUAUGUUAAAAGAUUGAGGUUUUAGAUUGAUUUGACAACAGGCCUUGGAACCUAUCUGAAUCGAUUAGUUUUAUUUUCAGGAAACAAUGCAAAGGUUCGUCGAAUCAGUCAACUGGUAUUGGAAAGAGACAUGGAAGUUGAAAGAUGACAAAGAUAUAAAAGCUGAUCGUGAAAGUUCCAUCCAUAUAUCGUUUGGGAAGGAGAAGGAAGCACCUAGUGUGAGUGCAAUGAUCAAUUGGAAAUCCUCUAUUGAUAUCAUGUAUGACCGAAACUCGAGCCAUAUCUUCGAGCCACGUAGAACGUUGGUUGCAUCUCUUUUUGUGCCAAAGUGUGCAGGAGUCCGAGCCAACUACAGUUAUGAAUAUCCUAAAGAUAAUCCUCAUGAGCUGGAAAUCGAAUAUUUACGCCUAGAGCAUUGGAUCCUCAAGAUGAAGUUCCCACUAAAUCAGAGUCCGGAACGCACCUUCAAACUUAGUGCAAUCCCUCGGUGGGAUGCUUUCUCUUUUCCCUUUGAGAUCACAGUGAAAGAUAGUGAAAAUUACAAGGUAGCCAACUGGUCAGUCGGAUUGACACGCAAAGCACCGACCUUUUCCUUCCUCUUCAAGAUAUCUCAAUUAAAGGUUGGAGAGCAGAUCGAGAGGAGCGCCACUGCUUCUUGCGAAAUGAAAUCUCCACAUCUCUCUGCUUCCACCUCAUGGGAAGAAAAUGAAGUUAAGUGUUCAUUCCAGCAUAAAGAUGGAGACUUACUUUAUAUUUCUGAGGGGCAUUUGAACUUCAAAAGUGCAAAAGAAAGUCUGUGUUCCGUGGCUUUAAAGAAAACGAUUGAUGAAUCUAAAGACAUCCAAGUGGCGUUUGACACCAACAACACCACCACAAUCGACUUUUCAUACUGUGUUGAUACAAAAUUCAAGUUUAAAGUUUGUGCCAAAGUGGAUGCACGUGAUAUCAACCAUUCACAAAUUAAGGCUUCUUUUACCUAUCAAUGAACAGGAUUCUGUCUGCUGCAAGAAAAAGAGUUGACCGAGUCUGUUUUUCCAAUCAUCUUCCACUUCACCACCAUUAAGAAGACAUGAUUCUCUUUUGACAUGUUAGUUAUCUGACACUAGUAUCUAAGUAUCCUCUAUGAUGAUGAAUCUACUAAGGAACCGUUUGUUUUGUGAGUAUGGUUAUGUUUUGCUUGACACAUGUUUAGCAGUUAGUUGCAUGACCAGUUUUUCUUAAUGAUCUUGCGAUAUAUUUAACC